CUCCCUUCUGCUCUGGGUGUAGGGUUUAAGCUCCAAGCCCAGCUUCCCCGGCGUCGUCUCCCGUCUCUCACCCACUUCCUCAUUUGGCAGGACGCUGCGCGGAUCAAACCUUCGUCGCACGCACGGCGAUGUAUCUCGCCAUGGACGCCACUCAGGAGUUCGACCUCAAGGACGCUGUGCACUCCCAUGCCGUUUUCUUUGACCGGCUGGUGGAGAUGAUUCCUGCCAAUAUCUAUGUUCCGAAGGAGAAUCCUACUGAUCAAUGGGCACAUGGCAUGAGCAAGAAAGCACGAGCCGAAUCGAAGAGGAAGACGAAAUUAAAUUUGAAGAAAGCUAAACGAGCUCGACUAGAUCCAGAGAGUGCUCGAACUACUUUGGAGGUCAUUAACCAACAAGAGAAAACGAAGGAAAAUCCAUCCGAGAAUGCAGUUACGACAGGUGGUGAACCGAAUAAGCCACGUACUGUGACGUACGAGGAGUUACGCGAUAGGUUGCAUAAGAGAAUUGAAAUGCUUCGUGCCAAGCGUCAUGCUGAUCAAGCUGCCAGUACUGCCAAAAGUGCAAAAGAAUGGCAAAAUCAAAAGAAGAGCGAUUCUUUGAAGCGGAACCGCAAGAGCAAGGCCGUAGAUCCAGAAGCUGCAGACGGAGAAACGGGAUUAUCUGCAGCUAAGCGACCCAAGCUUGAGACCAAACAACCGGCUCCUGCUGUCGUUGAAGAGGAAUUAGAAUUUAGUAGAGUGAAGAUGGGCAUUGGAGCAUCUCCCGGACUAGUCAAGAAGAAAAAACCAUCGAAAGAAAAACUUCUUGCCCAGGCAUCAGCUUUGCAAAAGGAGAUGCAGGAUCCUGAGAAGGGACAGGAAGUUGCAUUGAAGCAUGCAUGGGGCGCUGCCGUAAGUAGGGCUGCUGGCGAAAAGGUGCUGGAUGACCCGAAGCUGUUGAAAAAGAGUAUCAAGAGGGAAGAAGGGCAUCAAAAGAAGAGUGCCAAGAAAUGGCAAGAAAGGAAAGAGAUGGAGAAGAAGAUACUGCAGAAGAAGCAAGAAACCCGUAAGGAACAUAUACAGCAGCGGGCAACUGAGAAGAAGGAACGAUCCAUCGCUAAGAGAGAAAAAAAACUAGCAAGACCUGGGUUCGAAGGCCGAAAGCAGGGAUUUAUCAACAGAGGAGAUUAAUGUCCGGUGUGUUGUCCAAAUCGACUGAUUCACUGGCGUUGUAACACACAUCAAAUGCGGGUGAAAACCACAACAGCUUUUCUGGUUCUACUGCCUGUCCCACAGCUUAGAGCCUAUUGAAAGUAGGCGUUCGCUGCGUAGUUUAUGAGGUUCUGGCUUCUACUGGGAAAUCCGUGACUGCUUUCAACUACAGAUUCAAAACGCAUAAUUCCUGGUCGUGUCUGAAUGCCUCUCAGGUGCAGCUGGUAGUAAUUUACUCAAGGACAAUGUUUGAGCUUAAAAUGUACUAUAGGACAAAUUUGUAUUCGAUUUCAGGUUGAGGCGAUCGUAAUUUAAGUUCCACAAUCAAACUUCAUCGCUGCAAUUGGCCAGGAUCAGUGGAAUUCGCCAUUUCAAUUUACUC